UCUUUACGUAACAAAGCGGUGAUUUUGAGGUUCCAUACACAGCAGGAAAAAUGAGUAAAGAGCGAGCCAAGAAACCAACCUUCUUGACGCUAACUGAGAAUCAAAAGCUUUUUCUCUCGCUAAUUAACGAAUACGCGGCCGAAAAAAUGCAAGGAGAGAAAAGCGUCGUUGUUUUGAGGAAGAGAAUGGAAGAACUUCGAUCUGAGCUUGAAGCGGCCAAUGCUGAACUUGAAAACGUCAAGCAAACCAAAGAAACCACUGAACAGGAGCUUAAAGGCUGUGAAGUCGAUUUGUCUCUGAAUGAAACUUCAAUUAAGACUCUCGAGACGAGGAUUUCUGUGCUACAAGGUGAAAUUGCAUCUGUUGGGUCUGAGUUAGACUCUCUUAAGUGUGAAGGAGGAGCCGCAAGGAACCAGUUUCUCGAUCACAUGUCAGAGCUUGAUGAAAAAAUCAGGAAAUUUCAAUAUCAACUGGACAUAAAGAAAACUGGUAUAGUUCCUGAUGGAGACGCUACAGAAGAAUCCCAUGAACUGGCGGGAGAUGAUACGAAAACUUCUGAGUCUGUUGAGGACAGGCUUAUCAAAGUAAUAACUCAAAUCACCAAUGAAGACGAUGCCUACCUAUUAGAAGAACAAAUGAAAAAUCAGAAUCGGCAAAUGUCGAUUAAUCUAGAGAAAAGGAAGGCUGCGAUGGCGAUGAUGCAGAAAGGAACAGCAAAAUUGGGAGAUUUGACUAGUUCUGGAUCGGAAGGGUCAUAUAAUCGUCUCAGCGAGACAUUGCUGAAUAGUUGUAUAUGCCCUCAAUGUUUCCAUGACAAUUCGGAGGCCUGGGACAACAUUCCUCAGGAGUGAACCAGUACUUGCGGAACCUACUGGAUUUGGACUCAUGGCUCUCCCUCUCCAUUACUUUGAAGAAGAAGAAAAAGAACAAAAAGAAGAAAAUUGAUGUAAUGCUCGCACAUCUCUCUUGGAAGAUUCCAUCUCACUCUGGGUGGUUUUCCUUACGAGCAUUUCAAUCCCGAGUUUAUGUAGUUAGCGAAGUUGAAAACUAGAAAAUUUUGAGUUUUGUGUAGUGUUAGGCCUCAUUUUUUCGGGGCAAAAAAUGUUGCAAAUUUGUGUUACAAUUGGCACGUAUUUUAGAAAUUAGUUUAUAGAAUCUAUAAGAUAAAAGAUUUCGGAAUAGUAUGCUUAAACUAAAUAUCUCCAACUUUUGUAGUCAUAGUGUGAUUUGAGGUGAGGUAUGUCAGUCGGGUAGUUUAUGUUUG